GUGUGAUAGCGCUCUUAACUACCCGUGAGGAAAACGCGUCCGCGAGUUACACACGUGUAGCAUAGAAACAUGGGCAAAAGAAGGCGAGGAAACCAAGAGAUUGCAAGUUUAACUAAGAAACAGAAGAAACAUUUAAAAGAAUUUGGAGAACAACACCCUUUUCACGAUGACGUUGUUGGCAAACCGGAGAAGACUCAGAUUUUGCGUUUGCCUGACAGUCCACAACGCCCUGAACCUGACAGCGAGGAAGACCAUGAUGAAGAGCAGCAGUCUGCUUAUCAGAAACUGCUGUCCACCAUGAUCCAAGGUGCUGAUGACAACAGUGAAGAUGAAGAAAGUGAUGAUGAGGAUGACGGAGAGGAAAUUCAAGGAGAAAGUGAAGAGGAAGAAGACGACGAUGACGACGAGGAGGAAGGUGAUGUUGCCGAGGAUGAUUUAGAAGAAAAGGUGGGCGAAACGCCUUAUAAUUCGCAAAAUAAAGAGCAGCCUGAAAAGACAAAUGAAGAUAUAGAAGAAAACGAAGAGGGAGAGUUUACGGAUAAGAAGAAUGAAGCUGCGUUCUGUCUGGAGACCAACCUGCCUGUGGAAGGAGAGCAAAACAUGGGAGAGCAGGAGGAGGAAGACAUGUUUGUGAAGCACCAGGAGGCUGAACUCAGUGAAGAGGAAGUGGGACAAAUCUUACAAGGAUCAAAGAACAAGACUCUGAUUAAGUGGCCAAAGCUGGGCACUCUGCAGUGCACGCGUCCACUGGAACGUUUCCCAGCAUUGGGGCAGCUCUCUUCUGCCCCUCUUCCGACCUUUCACAAAACACUGGAGGCAAACUGGACCUUGUUAAACCAGCCCUUUGCACAUGGAGGUGCUGUGACAGAUGCCACUGACCUACAGAAGGAAUUGCUCGGGCUCAUGGGUACAUACAGGGAUGUGCAUUUUGCGAACAGCUCCCUCUUGAAGGAGGCCAAGGAAGCGCGGAGUGCGUACUGUCUCCAUGUGCUAAACCAUGUGUUAAAGGCAAACACUCGCGUUAUUGGAAAUAAUGCCAAGAUGAAGGAAACUAAAGAUAUAAACGAGGAGUUUCGGGAUCAGGGCAUUACUAGACCAAAGGUUUUGAUUCUGGUGCCUUUCAGAGACGGAGCGCUGCAAGUGGUCCAGACCUUCAUAACACUUUUAGAGCCUAAAGGGAAAAUAAUGGACGUCAGUAACAAGAAGAAGUUUAAGGACGAGUAUGGAGAUGGGUCGGGAGAAAGACCGCCUAAACUUCACAGACCUGAUGACUACCAUGCUGUCUUUUCUGGGAAUGUAGAUGACCAUUUCAGAAUAGGUGUAUCUAUCAUGAAACGCAGUAUGCGUCUCUAUUCUCCUUUUUACUCUUCUGACAUCAUCAUUGCGUCUCCGCUGGGACUGCGCACGGUUCUGGGUGCCGACGGGGAAAAAAAAAGAGACUUUGACUUCUUGUCUUCCAUCGAACUUCUGGUUGUGGACCAGGCGGAUGUGUUCCUCAUGCAGAACUGGGAACACUUGCUGCAUGUGUUGAAGCAUUUGAAUUUGCAGCCGCUGGAUUCUCAUGGUGUAAAUUUCUCCCGAGUGCGCAUGUGGAACCUGAACAACUGGGCAGCGCAUUAUAGACAGACGCUGGUGUUCAGUGCCAUACAAGAGCCUCAGAUCACCAACAUCCUUACCAAGCACUGCCACAACUACAGGGGCCAAGUGUGCAGUAAAGUCAUUCCAAAGGUGGGCUCAAUCUGUCAGGUGCUCGUUCAGGUGCCGCAUGUAUUCCAGAUGUUCCAGUCUGACAGCUUUAUGGACCAGGAUGCCAGGUUCCAGUUCUUUGUGGACAAGAUCCUGCCCCAGUACAGAGACUCUAUCAUGUCCCACACUUUCAUUUAUGUGCCAUCGUAUUUUGACUUUGUUCGUCUGCGAAACUACCUGAAGAAGGAAGAUAUCAGUUUUGCUAGUGUGAGCGAGUACUCUCUGAGAUCGGAGGUGUCCCGAGCUCGACAUUUCUUCCAGAAAGGAGAAAAACAGUUUAUGCUAUUCUCUGAGAGAUUCCAUUUCUACAAGAGAUACACAAUCAAGGGGAUCCAUAACCUGAUAUUCUACGGGUUGCCCACAUACUCUCACUUCUACAGUGAAGUGUGUAACAUGCUUCAGGCCGGCGUCAGAGAGGAUGGUGGUUCUGUCAGCUUCACCUGCACGGCCCUGUACUCCCGAUAUGACAUGCACCGCCUGGCUGCCAUCACCGGGGCUGAGCGGGCCGCUCAGAUGCUGCAGUCCAAAAAAACAGUGCACCUUUUCAUCACAGGGGAGGAGAAAAACACAUGAACGGGUACUACAUUUUCAACCUGUCACACAAAGUAUUUUCCUUCAAUUAAAAUCCAGUCAUUUGCUUGAAUGUGAUCUUGUUCUAAUGUCCUUUUGUUUUCUUUUUUAAAUAUAAAGUCUUCUUUUACUGUAGUCACAGCCCAGAUCUUUUCCAGUGUGUGUUUUUUUUCUACUUUUAAAAGGGUCCAACAAUAAGAGAAAUUCUGACCAGGUGAAAUGUCACCUGUCCUGUCAGAAAAGUCUUAUAUUGUCACUGUGGCUUACAUUGAUCAUGCACGUGUAAACCUUUAGGUAAUUAAAUCUUGCAAAUUGCAUUGAACGGCUAAAUCUAAUAUGCACUCUUCAAGAGAUCUUAGGAUUAAAUCCUCCUUUAAUGUCGAGGCUAAAUUAUGGGAAAAGUCAUCAUUAAAACGAUUAAAACCGUUAUAUACCAAAUAUCAGAAAAAUAUGCACGGAGUUGCAGUUAAGCUCAUUUCGAAAGUGAAUAAGAUGAAUUUGAUUUUAGUAAUUUCAUAAUCCCUGCUUUUUAUUGUGGCUUGUUAAAUGACACGAGCAAGAGUUCACCUCUAAUGAUCAUCCUGGAAACGACUGUAAUUCAUCUAAUUACCUCCCAAUGUGACGGAUCUGUAUGAAUUGGAACAUUUGACAUUUUGGUUUUUAAGUCACAUUAUUUCUCAGACUCCCCAGUGAUCAGAUGCGCUCUUGUAUUUUUCUUUUUUUUUUUGCACUGUUUUUCUGUCAGUUGGAAAAUGGAGCAGCUGUUUCACACACACACACACACACUCUCUCUCUCUAUUUCACAGAUGUGCGCCCUCUGUCUCUGUAGCUGGCACACAUGUACACUCACAUGUAAUAAAUAAUGAAAGAAAUGAGUGUCAGUUGUUUGGUUAGGGCCAGCAUCUGACUAUAUCAAACAAAACCAUUGAUCCAUCCAACAAAUCUCCUCCCAGUUUUUCCCCUGAACACACAAUCCUGCUGUGCUGCCUUUUGAUUUUUUUUUUUUUUUUUUUUCUCCCAAAACCCUGCUGACCUCUGAACACUCAUACAUUGAUGCUGCAAAACAUUUUUUCUGCUGAGCUUGCAUAUCAGUAUCUGUAUCGUUAUAGUGCUCCAAAUCUAAGGAAUUUUAUCUAAAAUAAACUCUCAUAUGUAUUGUUGGA